AUGACGUCGCAAGCCACGACCCUCAAGGGCCAGCCCCUCGACAAGCCCGUCCUCGACGCCAUGCUGCGCCGCCGCAUGUUUUACACGCCCUCGUUUGAGAUUUACGGCGGCGUCGGCGGCCUCUACGACUACGGCCCGCCUGGCUGCGCCCUCCAGGCCAACAUUGUCGACCUCUGGCGCAAGCACUUUGUGCUCGAGGAGGACAUGCUUGAGGUCGACUGCACCGCCCUCACCCCGCACGAGGUGCUCAAGACGAGCGGCCACGUCGACAAGUUUUCCGAUUUCAUGUGCAAGGACCCCAAGAAUGGCGAGAUUAUGCGCGCCGACCACUUUGUCGAGGCCGUCCUCGAGGCCCGCCUCAAGGGCGACAAGGAGGCCCGCGGCGAAAAAGUUGUGGAAAAAGACGAGGACCCCAACAAGAAGAAGAAGAAAAAAGCCAAGACCGACGCCGUCAAGCUCGACGACGCCGUCGUGCAGGAGUACGAAGAGGUGCUCGCCCGCAUUGACAACUACGGCGGCCCCGAGCUCGGCGAGCUCAUCAAAAAGUACGACCUCAAGAAUCCCGCUACCGGCCUGCUGCCCUCGGAGCCCGUCGCCUUCAACCUCAUGUUCCAGACCUCCAUCGGCCCCAGCAGCAACCUGCCUGGCUACCUGCGCCCCGAGACGGCCCAGGGCCAGUUCCUCAACUUUGCCAAGCUGCUCGAGUUCAACCAGUCGCAGAUGCCCUUUGCCUCGGCCUCGAUCGGCAAGUCGUACCGCAACGAGAUCUCGCCCCGCGCCGGCCUGCUACGCGUCCGCGAGUUCCUCAUGGCCGAGAUUGAGCACUACGUCGACCCCGAAGGCGGCAAGAAGCACAGCCGCUUCCACGAGGUCGAAAGCCUCGAGCUCGUCCUGCUCGACAAGAACACGCAGCUGGCGGGCAAGACGACGACCCGGACCAUGACCAUUGGCCAGGCCGUCAAGGACGGCGUCGUCGACAACGAGACGCUCGGCUACUUUCUCGCGCGCAUCCACCUCUUCCUCAAGAAGAUUGGCGUCGACAUGAGCAAGAUGCGCUUCCGCCAGCACAUGGCCAACGAAAUGGCCCACUACGCCUGCGACUGCUGGGAUGCCGAGCUGUACACGACGACGGGCUGGGUCGAGUGCGUCGGCUGCGCCGACCGCAGCGCCUACGACCUGACGGUGCACGCCAAGAAGACGGGCGCGGCCCUGCUCGUCCGCGAGCGCCUGGAGCAGCCCCGCGUGAUUGAGGAGUGGCAGGUGGAGAUUGACAAGAAGAAGUUUGGCCCCUUGUUCAAAAAGGACGCCAAGGCUGUCGAGACGGCCCUCGAGGCCACGACGCAGGAGCAGCGCGAGGUCCUUUCCAAGCAGCUGGCUGAUGGCGGCAAGAUUUCGCUUGAUGUCCCCGGCGUCGGCGACGGCAAGGCCGAAGUGACGAGCGACUCCAUCAAGAUUGAGUUCCGCAAGCGUGUCGAGAACACGCGCGAGUUUACACCCAAUGUCAUUGAGCCUUCUUUUGGUAUCGGCCGUAUCCUGUACUCUCUGAUUGAGCACAACUUUUGGACCCGCGGCAGCGAUGGUUCCGACGAGGCCCGCGGUGUAAGUGACUACUACCAAGAUACCUGCUAUUCACCAGUCGCCGAAAAUGCCAUUUUUACUAACACGCAAUUGCAGGUUCUGUCUUUCCCUCCCCCCGUAGCGCCGACUAAAGUCCUUCUCGUGCCCCUGUCCUCCAACACGCAGUUCAAGCCCGAAGUGCGCAAGCUGUCUCAGCGUCUGCGCGCCAUGGGCAUCUCAAGCCGCGUGGACGACUCGUCAGCGAGCAUUGGCAAGCGGUACAGCCGCAACGACGAGCUUGGCACGCCGCUGGGCAUCACCGUGGAUUUCCAGACGCUGCAGGACCAGACGAUCACGCUGCGCGACCGUGACUCGACGACGCAGGUGCGCGCCGACGAGGCCAAAAUUCUCGAGGCCGUCAAGAGCCUUGUGGACGGCAGCAAGGACUGGGCCAAGAUUCAGUCGGAGCUGCCCAAGUUUGAGGGCCAAGAGGUGGAGGUUGUGCAGCGAUAG